UAUAUUUAGGUUGUUUGCACUGGCACCAGAAUAAUAUUAUCUUUGGUAGGUAGCAUUGAAUGUUGGACUGCAGUCAUUUGUCGUCUUCCUGUGCUGGUGCAAGUUUAGCUAUUAUUUACAGUGAUGCUAUUGUCAUUUUUCAAGAAACAAAAAUACUUAUUUAGAAAUAGUCAUGGAGCCCAAUAAGUUUUAUGGGAAACGUAAGGAAGGUGAAGAAUAUGAAGUUAGAACUAUUCCUGGGUAUGAAUCAGAAGAUUCUGUCUUAAAUUCAGAUAAUGAGGAUGAUAUUGAGAUAGUAGAAAAGUGUCAAGGUGACAUAAUUAUAGGCGAGAGUGAUAAUGAUAGUGCAGAGGACGGUGAUAAUGUUGUACGUGUGAAUAAUAUAAGUGAUAACGAGAAUGCUAGUGAUGAAUUUCAAGUCAAUUAUGAUUGGAGACGUUCUAGCAAUCGUAUUAUUCGUCCUGUUCAACCAUGGAAGUGUUGUCUCCCUUGUGCACCGGAAGAACCUCAUCUACCUAUCACCUAUUUUAGGCAGUUGUUAGAUGAUAAAAUUGUGGAAAAUGCUGUAGAUCAAACCAACUUAUAUGCAAUACAGAAAGACAUUUCUAAACCAAUAAACACUGAUAAAAAUGAGAUUGAACAAUUUUUUGGUUGCCGUAUGUACAUGUCCAUUUAUGGACUUCCAUCAUCUCGUAUGUAUUGGAAAACUACUACUCGGAUUCCAGCUGUUGCUAAUGUAAUGAGCCACAAUAGGUGGGAGCAGCUAAAAUUAGGACUCCAUUUCAAUGAUAACGAAACUAUAGAUCAAGCUGACACAUUGUACAAGAUCAGCCCCUUUCUGGAGCCAUUGGUUGAAAAUUUUCGAAGAAUUCCCAUGAAUGAAAAAUUGUCAGUGGAUGAACAGAUGAUUCCUUGCAAGGGAAGACACACCUUGAAGAAUUAUGUCAAAAAUAAACCUAAAAAAUGGGGUUACAAAGCAUUUGUCUUGUGUGAGUCACAUGGAAUUGCACAUAAUUUAGAGAUAUAUUCAGGGAAAGUGAAACAUGACCCAUCCUUACCUGAUGUAGGUGUUAUUUUGAUAAUUGGUUCACAGGAGUUCGGUUAG